CUCGGGUGUCCUCCGCCGCGCUGCGCCGCGCCGCGCCGUUCCGCGCACCGGGCCGGGCCGGGCCGAGCCGAGCCGAGCCCAUGGCCAUGGCGUGCAGCCUGAAGGACGAGCUGCUGUGCUCCAUCUGCCUGAGCAUCUACCAGGACCCGGUGAGCCUGGGCUGCGAGCACUACUUCUGCCGGCGCUGCAUCACGGAGCACUGGGUGCGGCAGGAGCCGCAGGGCGCCCGCGACUGCCCCGAGUGCCGCCGCAGCUUCGCCGAGCCCACGCUCUCGCCCAGCCUCAAGCUGGCCAACAUCGUGGAGCGCUACGCGGCCUUCCCGCUGGACGCGCUGCUGGGCGUCGGCCGCGCCGCCUUCCCCUGCAAGGACCACGACAAGGUGAAGCUCUUCUGCCUCACGGACCGCGCCGUCGUCUGCUUCUUCUGCGACGAGCCCGCGCUGCACGAGCAGCACCAGGUCACCAGCCUGGACGACGCCUUCGAGGAGCUGCAGAGGGAACUGAAGGAGCAGCUCCAGGCGCUGCAGGACAGCGAGCGCGGGCACACGGAGGCCCUGCACCUGCUCAAACGCCAGCUGGCUGAGACCAAGUCCUCUGCCAAGAGCCUGCGGGUCACCAUUGGGGAGGCCUUUGAGCGGCUGCACCGGCUGUUGCGCGAGCGCCAGAAGGCCAUGCUGGAGGAGCUGGAGGCUGACACAGCACGCACGCUGACUGACAUAGAGCAGAAGAUCCAGCGCUACAGCCAGCAGCUGCGCAAGGUGCAGGAGGGCAGCCAGAUCCUGCAGGAGCGGCUGGCCGAGGUGGACAAGCACACCUUCCUGGCGGGCAUCGGCUCACUCUCCGAGAGCAAAGCCCCCAGUGCAGUAGAAGCAGGGCAGAUGCUUGCCGCUGACCCGACUGCCUCUCCUCCCAGGCUCAAGGGGAAGAUCCAUGAAACGAACCUCACAUACGAAGACUUUCCUACCUCCAAGUACAUGGGCCCUCUGCAGUACACAAUAUGGAAGUCGCUCUUCCAGGACAUCCACCCAGUGCCAGCCGCACUCACGCUGGAUCCCGGCACAGCUCACCAGCGCCUCAUCCUGUCCGACGACUGCACCAUCGUGGCCUACGGCAACUUGCACCCACAGCCACUGCAGGAUUCACCCAAGCGCUUUGACGUAGAGGUCUCAGUGCUGGGCUCGGAGGCCUUUGGCAGUGGUGUGUACUACUGGGAGGUGAUCGUCUCUGAGAAGACCCAGUGGAUGAUUGGGCUGGCCCAUGAGGCGGUCACGCGCAAGGGCAGCAUCCAGAUCCAGCCCAGCCGUGGCUUCUACUGCAUUGUCAUGCAUGAUGGCAACCAGUACAGCGCCUGCACAGAGCCCUGGACUCGGCUCAAUGUCAAGAGCAAGCUGGAGAAGGUGGGCGUCUUCUUGGACUAUGACAAAGGCCUCCUCAUCUUCUACAAUGCCGACGACAUGUCCUGGCUCUACACUUUCCGGGAGAAGUUCCCCGGCAAGCUCUGCUCGUACUUUAGCCCUGGCCAGAGCCAUGCCAAUGGCAAGAACGUGCAGCCACUCCGCAUAAACACCGUCCGCAUCUAGGGGGGCACACCUAGUGCUGUGACCCUCUUGGCACACCAGCUGGACCCAGACAAGCAGCCCCUUCCCAGCUCUCAGGGCCAGUUGGAUUGCAAGGCUUUCAAAGUUGUGUGCCCCAGGCUCUGCUCCUAGUGUUAUUGGCUGCGAGGAGUCUGGGACCUGCUGGGAUAGAUGGGGAGGAUGCUGGGUUCGUGCCUCCCUCCGUCCGUGAGCUGCCACUGACUGAACAAUCAUGGCUGAGUGCAGACAGCCCGUGGGCUACCCUCGGGGCUCUGAUGGGAGGGGUCUCAUGCUGAUGGUGCCUCUGGCUGGCAUGGAGCUGUGCUCAGCCGAGCUGUGUGUUUGAGCUCCCUGGUGGCUCUGGGGAUGGGGCAUGAGCCAUCCCCUGUGGGCAGGCUCCUGGCAGCCUCCACCGUGACUCAGCAUUGCCUUAGCAUGAGGCCCCAGAACGGGCCAGUGCAAGGCGCUCUGCAGAGGAUGAGGCAGCCCCUGGCCCAUCUGAGGAAUGUGGGGAGGGGAAAGCAGAACAUGUGCCAGCUGUGUUGUCAGCUCAGCACCUGGGCUGGGCAUUGUCUUUCAGUGCAAGGGAGAUGCUCAGCGGACACUGGCAUCCAUGCAUCCCCAAGAGAUAAGGGCUCCAAUUCCCAGGAGCUGCAUCAGAGGCCUUGCAGCUCCCUGGGAUCCAGCUAGUGCCGAUCAUCCCUGCCCAGCCCCAUGGGGCUAGAGCACUCCUUGCUGGGGCCUGACAGCCUCACCCUGGCCUCCCAGCAGCGGGAGGGAAGCGGCUGGCUUCCCCCUUUGCUGCUCGCUGUGGCAGUGGUGCCAGUCUCUCAGUGAGCGCCAGCCGCGCGUUUCCCCUCUGAUGCACAGGUCUUCCCAGAUGGGAGGGUGCAUCUGGGCUCCUUGGCCCAAACAAAGCCCUCUGAGAAGAGUGUGCUUAGGACGUGGGCCCAUCCCAGCCCUGCAAGCUGGUACCCAGGAGCGGCCUCCACAAGUGGCCACUCAGGGCCGUGCGGUGCCCGGACUUGCCACAUACAGGAAGUCAAAGGGGGCAUUUCUGAGCUUGCCAUGACCGGAGGCCUGAGCCAGCCCAUGUCCCUGGGACCCUGCCAGUGCAUUUCUGCACGUGGUCUGUGUGGUUAAGGCCUGUUGGUAAACCUGCAGCUUCCUGUGUCCUGCCUUUACCCUGUCCCUGUUCUGCUGCGGGGACAGGACUUGCUGCACUGGUCACACGACUGCCCGCUGUUUUGUGCACGCACGCCCUGGCAUCCAGCUCAAGCAUCACAGGAGAGCUGCUCAGAUCCCACACUAGUGUGAAGACAGCCAGGAGCAAGGUCUAUGCAUGCACGUGGGCUGGUCCAUGGUGCUGACCCAGCUCCCCCCUUGCAGGGGGCCAGUGUCUCUGGCCAGCUGCUGAGCCAAGGCAAGCCGCUGAGCCCAUUUGCUACACCCGUUGGGUGGCAAGGUUGAUGAUAGCCUAGCCUGCUCCUUCGUGGACUAAUGGUGGGAGCCCCAUGCCCUGUUUGCAGCUGGCAUGGGUCCUGGGCAGGGCUGGGCCCCCGUUUCGGUGAUCCGUGUGCAGCUCAGGAUGCCCUGGGCCUUCCCGCAGAGUCUCCUUCCCAGGAGCCCCCACAGCCCCAUGGCUGCCUACGUGCAUGGCGUGGAGCGGGAGGGAGCAGGCAUGGGUGGCAGGAUGGGGGGGCGCAGCCCAUCUGGGGCCAGGGAGAUCAUGCGGGGCCAGGGUGGGGGCACUGCCAUAUGAUGCCCGCACCCAUGGCUGUAAGCAGGCAAUAAACGCUGCACAACAACCCCGGCUUGUGCUUGUGUGUGUGGCAGCCCCAGGGAGACCCCAACCCCUGCCUGGGUGCCGUGGCUGCACAGUGCUCCUGGCCCCCCAGAGCUGCUGCAGGGUCCCCAGGAGCAGGCGUGGAGACUUACGCAUGUGCUCACAGGGCCAGACCGGCAGGGCAGGUCCUGGCACGUGGCUGCCUGGAGCCUUGUGUGGGGCAGGUGAGCAGUGGCCGCACAGGCCAUGGCCAGGCCUCUGGUGGCUCCGGCCACUCACGGCUCAGGCUCGGGCUCAGAUGGCCCGGCUGCCUGCUCAGAGGGCAGUGAUUGGUGGCCCGGGCACAGGGUGAGCAGGGCAGGCAGGGGCAGGGGCAGAGGCCAUGGGGCAGUGCUUGGGGGGAGCGGGGCUAGGGGACACAGCCUCUGCCUGGCCCUGGCUCAGCCACCAGUCUCUGGGCUCAGCCACAGGGGCUGGCCCGUGGAAAAGCUGCAUGGGUUUUUUGGUUUUUGUUUGUUUGGGUUGGUUGUUUUUUUUUCGGGGGGGUGUUGCUUUUUUUAAGGAAAAUGUUCAGUGUCCCAGGUCAGAUUAGCCAGAUCAGGUCCAAAUCCAUUUGAAUCAUUCAAGAACCACGUGUGGCCCUACUACUGGCAAGUAUCCUCCACCCCAGCCUGGAGCCUCAGAUACUUUCAAAUCCUUUGGCAGGCAUCCUACGUGCAAGCCCAAGCCCAGAGGCUUGGGGUUCAGAUGGUCCCACAUUUCACUUGCCCUCAGCUGUAUGGCUGCAGGAGCAAGCUAGGGAGGAUCUCCCAUUUCCACGAAGUCGGCAUGUAGCUGAGAUUCUCCCACUGGAAGGUGGCGAGUGGGAAGCGAAUUAUGAGGCUCUCGUAGCGAGUCCUGUCAGCAAGCAGACAAAGGUGCACUCUCCACUACACAGCGCCAUUUUAAUUGCAUUACCUCAGUCAGAGUACUUCCCCUGCCACCAUCAUGGUCAUGGUUUUUCCCGUGCCGGGUCCUCAGUGCCUGCUGCUAAAUGGGGGAGGGAGCCGGCCCCGGCUGGAGUACAUGGCGUUUUCCCCAAAGGAAUAGAAAUUGUUUGCACAAAGGGGGAAAAAUGAAGUUAAAUUUAGAAGUGGGGUGUUGGUGUUUCAAUAGGAUACACACUUCAGCAAAUUCUGACCUGUAAGCAAACACAAAAAGACACGGUGGUGCAAUGGGAAAUGUGCAGACAGGAAGGUUAUUAUUCCAUCUUUUGGAGCUGGGACCACUUGCCUAAGUGCAGGCUGCAGGAGCCAGAUCCUGUUCCGCCUAAGAAGUGCAUACAUGAAUGUAGGUGUUUAUGUGCAAUUCUGUUCCACCCUGCUUGAGAAGCUGAAAAACAGGUAACGCAAAGGGGCAGGGGGGCUUCUCCACGCGGCUUUAGUCUUCAGGUCAGAUGAGAGCAUGUUACAAAAGCCAACGCGUUAACAGAUUUGUGGGACUCGAGCAGGGAGGAACAGAAUCACACUCGGGCAGCUUCAUCUACCUGGACACCCACAAUCUGUGAUAGGAUGCAGCUCUGUGUGGCUUAAAUGCCCUGGUCACCUGCUGGCCAAGUUACUAACCCUUCUCCAGGGAUUUCUAAAGGGAAAGCUGAGUUCUUGGUUUUGUUGUGGUGGGGUUUUUUGUCCAGUCUAAAUCAACCCUGAUGUCUCCACGGCUCAGUGGCUGUCUGUGGUUUAUGCCAGUGAGGAGCUUACCACGGACGUGCUGCUGCCAGGGGUGUUUCUCAGGUCCACAAGCAGAUUACAAGCAUCCUUUAGCAAAGCAUGUCAGAUGCUUCGCAGCUGCCAGCACUGCAGUACCCCAGGCCUCGCUCUUUAUUGCACGUCUGCCCAUGGCCCCAGCCCAGGGUUCUGGUCAGCGUUAUCCCUGUGGUGCAGGUGGGGAGCAGAGGUCCAGAGACACCAGGAUCUUGAUCCCUGAGGGAUUUAGAUGCCUGCCUCCCACAGGGAGUGCCAGCAAGCCUGUGCAUUGUGUCCAAAAUUUACAUCCCAGGGCUGAAUAGCAGAGGCUCCACAAAUGUUUCCUUGGGCAGCUCUCAGGUUGCGUCAAUUAAGUGACAAGUCUUGGGCCCAGUCACCUGUGCUCACAGGCAGUCACUAACCCAGGGGAUCCCCUAGAUUGCAACCUCAGACUCUCACCUGCUGUUACAAGGCACCAAUGCCCCAUAAUAUGCCGUAGGGAAAGCUGGGAGGCGAGAGCACUGCGAGGCCAGGCUAGUCCCAGGCUUAUCCUCCCCAUGCGGUAGACUGCAGCCAUUCAUUCUGGUAGAUCUCAGUUGGGUCCUAGGUUGCUUCCUGCAUCCAAAGUGAGGGGAUUGCAUCUUUAAAAGCUGUGCCUCUGAAAUCAGAGGCAAAGUCAGUCUCUGGGUUUCCUCAGGAGGGGAUCUUUGGUCGGGAAGUCUCAGCUCAGCUCCUUAUGGGCAGUGGAUGAGCAUGUGAUGCUAUUUAGCGCAUGUCUGUUGUUGGCAGAACAAGAGCGUCUUGCAGCCAGCAGAGGAUGAGCCAGCCCUGCUUUUGGUUCAUGGUUUUAUUUGCAGCUGCUAGCACUUUGUGGGGAGGGGACGAGGGUGAGGUCUCAGCCUUCUUCCUCAGCACAGGCUAGCAAUGCAGCAGGGAAAGGAUACAGUCAUCUGCCAGGAGCUUCCUAGUGGGCAAAGCAAGGCUGAUGACAAAGGCAAAGCUGCUGGCUCAUGUCACUGCUAGGAGCUGGGGAAGUCUGGUCAGCCAGUACCUACAGAAAGCAAGCAUGCACCAAGCUGAUGGAUAUCAUAAAGGCCCAGACCCAUGUGCGGUGAUGGCUUGGUGUCCUCCCUGCCCCAAGGAAUGCCCCACAUUUCUGCACCCGCUGCCUCAGACACAACCCCUGGAGCUCAUGCAGGUUGUCUUGUGCCAAUGCUAGUAUCUGAACCUGGUCCGGCAUUUCCCAGGUGCUCCAAGAGGAGCUGGGAGAGGGUGGCAGUCAGGGGAGAAACUCUGUCUUUAAGAUGGACCCACCAUUUUGCACCCAUAAUAGUCCUGGUUCAGAGCAGAAGGCACCCUGUGCCUCUACUCUCACCAUCCUGCACACUGUGCUCCUUGGGGGAAGCCAUCAUCAGGGCUCUUCUCUGGGAUUGGCUUCCACAGGAUUGACACGGGAUCAGGGAGGCUGAUGUCUGCCGCAGCUGGUCUUUGUCCAGCUCAGAUAUCCCCUAAAGCAGCAGCAUAUAGCAUGGCAAGGACAACUGGCCCCUGGGACUUCCCACUUCUCUCUGAACCUGGUGCUUCAGUGGCUGCUGCACAGCUGGUGCUUACAAUGCAGGCCUUUGUGUGGCUUCCUGGCCAGCAUUAACCCUUGUCAUGCUGGUACUUCCCAGACAUGCAGAAGGCAGGGCAGAGGUGCACCUUGUAGUCUAAAAUACUCUAGAGCACAAGCUUUUGUGAACGUGAGUUCCCUUCAGCAGAUGCUGAGCAAGGGCAGCACGGAGCAGUGUGUGCAGGGGGUGAGCGACUUGGAUACAAAAGGUGGGAAAAGAGGGGGAAAAGGAUAGUGCUGGGAGAAGAAAACAAGCAAAGAACCACCAGAACAAAGGGUCACAGGAGCUAAUGCAGGUUUAACAGCCCACAGUCAUUGUUUAAACCCCACUAACAUAGUCCAGUCCGUGGGUGACUUAUUGUCCCAUCAUUUCCCCUUCAAAUUGGGGUUUAACAUGUUCCUGCUUGAGAAGAGCUGCCCUGAGGUCAGUGCUGGAGUGUCCGGGGAGGUUGGAGCAUUGUACACAGGCCUGUGGGUCUUCGUGCAGCCCAUGUCAGAGCCGUGUCCGUGCGUUGUGUCAGAGAUGGCCCGCAGACUGCAGAGGGGCUCUGUGAGCAGGUGCUGGUGCACAGGCCGUUGGCAGAGGCACAGCUGAACGAACCUCGGAUGCUGUGUUCCUUGUUAGUCUGUCCAGUGAUGACGUGGUCUGUAUUGACGUGGGGGCCCAGCAGGCAUUUGGGUCCCCUGCGAGGCCUGGUGCCUUGGUAGCUUGCCCUUGUCUCAGUGUUAGUACUGUAGCAGGUCAGGGUGGGGCUUAGUCUGGCUUGUUGAUUUGAGUGUCUAUGGUUUUGGGACGGUAUUGUAGGAUCCUUGCUCCAGAUCCUGAAGGUGUUCGUCCUCGUCGAUGAGGUCAGAGAAGAUGCAGUUGUAACACAGAGCUUGGCUGCGGCUGGUGAUUCUAGCGGUGAGCUUACGAUGACAGCUGGUGGCAUGAAGGUAGUUGUGGUGAUGUGGCAUCUAGGAAAUCAUUCUGCUUUGUGGAGUCUUCCAGAGCUAGCUGAUGGAGGGUGGGAAGUGUUAAAGUCUCUUAAGAGAUUCCUUCUCCUGUGUCCACAUUACGAGGAUGUCAUCAGUGCAUCUGAGGUAAACCAGGGAGAUGUGGGGCAGCUGCGGAGGAAACAAACUGCAAGGUCUGCCGUAAAUAUGUUGGCAUAUGCGGGGCCGUACAUGUGCCCAUGGCAGCGCUUUGUUUGUAAGUACUGGGAGUCCCCAACCCUGAAGUGGCUGUGUGCAAGGACAGAGUGGGAGGGUAUAAUGGAAACAAGCAGUUUCCUCACUGGGAAUAGUUCUUUGUGGCUUGUAAUCUGUCCUUGUGGGGGAUGUUGGGGUACGGUACAGAGAUGUGGCUUCCUGGCGAUGCCAGGCAGGAUUGGUUCUGCUCUCUGCUGGGCCAUGGGAUUGCAGAUCAGCUCUAUGGGAGGGGAUGGCGCUGAGAGCAGAGGGCAGCUGCCUGACAGCCAAGCCCUGAGGGCUGGUCUGUGUUGUGCAAAUGAGGCGGCAGGGCUGCAGGGCCACAUGCUUUGUCAGCUGGGCUGGAUGCAAGCAGCAAUGUGAAUGGAGGCUCCCCGUGAACCAGCUGCCAUCCGUGGUGCUGGCCUCAUGUGCUGGAACACUCCCUCAGCACCCACGCUUCUCCAGACACGGUCAUGACUCUCAAAGAGACCCAGCUCAGGGUGCAGGGUUGGGGCAGAGGCAGGGCUGUGUUACGCACUGUUGUUCAUCUGCAGUUUGAGCCCGCCACUGAGGCAGCACCUGCCCAAAUGUCACAUGAGGGCACUGAGGAGAAGGCCUGGUGAACGACCCCUCCCCUUGCACCAUUACCUAUCAGAUGGGUAAAGCACAUGGCGCGGGGUGUCCAGCAGAGCUGCCAAGCUGAAGCAUGACAGUCCCCUGUGCAUGAGCUGCUAGGGGCAAAGGCUCCUCACAGACAGGCAGGCCCCGGGGCAGAGCCCUGCUCGAGGGCCACCAGAGUUACGUGGUGCCCAGGCUUAGGCCUGGGCUCUCUGUCCUGGCUGAGAGUCACCAGGGACCUCUUCCCUACUUAACCCUGAGCGUGAGCUUUGCCUGGCCCUUUCGCACUCUGCAAACCUCUCCCACAUACAUGGUGCUGGUGCCCCACAGUUCAUUCUCCUCCUCUGCUCUCCCUGUCCCAGCCACUGGCAACUGUCAGAGCAGGGGCCUUCGGACAAGAGAAACCAGAUGCAGCAUCUGCUGAGAAGACCCAGCUUUAUCAAGCGACCUGCCAUCCCCAGGCACAGGCCAGAGAAGUCUUUGCACAGCCCUUGGGUUUCUCUACACAGUGAAGCUGCAGCUGUUCCACUUAAGUGUUAUUUUAAACCCAUCCAGUUAAACCAGUGCAGUCCAUGGUGUGGACCCAAUUAUAUCAGCUUAUUGUGGUUUAGCUUGAACCUGCUGUUGUAAAGGCUGAGGCUGCACCACAAAAAGUGUGUUCUAAACCAGAGUAAGAGUGUCUGCAUGGAGAUUUCCAACACCAGCAUAACCACCAGUUUAAAUCACACCUGGGGUGAGCAGCCACCACAUUCUGCCUUCCACGAGCUGUUCUUUCCCUUGCUGGUUUGGCUCCAGCUGAGCAGGGUCAGCUGGGAAAACACAUGGCUGGGCAUUCAUGGCUUUCCAACAUGCUCUCCUGCUGUGGCCAUGGAGCUAUAGACCUGGAGCUCUUGAUCUAGCCAGGUGGAAGAUUGAGACAGUGGGAAAGAAAUGAAUGUGAACUCUGAUCACAGCCAAGUCACAGACAUCACAUGCUCCAUCUCAAAGGAGAGCGUCAGUCAGGGCUGAGCAGCAAGACAGAGCUAGAAAGGGGCCCUCCGAUGCCCCAUCUCCUCCCUUUUCAUUUGGCACUGAAAGAAAUCAGGCGUCAGAGGGAGGUCACCCCCACCGGCCCCUGUCGUGGUGUCAGUGCGUAACAGGUGCAAGCUCCCGCACAGAAUAAUGGCCCUGAUCUAAUCAGCACAGAGCUUAGGACUGGGCAGCCCCAGACUCCAGGUAUCAAGAUAUUUCCCCAGGCGGUGAUUGGUGGCCAGACCACGGCAAGGGAAAGGCUGCGUUUCUCUGGGUAACUCAGGGGAGAGUCCGUAGUGCAGGUUGUUCAUGUUUGCAACGUAUCUGGGCCCAGAUACUGGGCUGCAAGCAAUACGCUUCGGAGACGGUGUGGGGCAGGGCUCUCCUGUGGCUGGGCAGGAGUGCCAGGGGAAGCCACACACCACCUCCACCCUAACACACAGGGGCAGCUGCACCUGUUUUUGUCGACAGAGCUGAACCCAGCUGUGAAGACAGGCAUGCGUCCAGGCUCGCAUUCCCCUCCGUGACGCAGGAAAGCAGCUGCCCUGGUAUGAAAUGGUUCCUUUGUGAGAGGGGCAGGAGAGGGGGGGCUGUUGAAACAGGGAACAAGGCUGAAGGGCCCUGAAGCGAGUGCUGGACCAUCAGCUGGGUCCACAGCGGCUGCCAGCUCUUCUGCAGAGCAGGUUGGGCAGGGAGGGGGAGCAGGCUGGCCUCAUGUCUCCCUUGGGUUUUUGCAGGACCUGGUCAUGCCUAUCACAAAGGGUGAGGGGAAUAACAAGUGCCGUGUCUGCAUUGCUUUCUGCACUGAGGUGAUUUCCCAACGCGCGGUACCGCUGCACAAGCAGAGCAGCCCUUCCCAAGGGGAAGGCACCUGAGGUACUUCAUGAACUUCUGUUCCAGAGAACUAAACAGGUUGCUGGAUCCUGUGCCCUUUUCCAUGGCCCCUUCCCUGGGUGUUGUGGGAAGGGCAAUGAGUCUGAGAGGAGCCUUUUGCUUGGGUCCUGCUAUGGGUUUUGAACAGCUUGGCUGAUCUGCAGGGAUCCUCUGGCCCCACAGCGGCUGCAGCGGGGGAGCAGGUAGCUUCAGCCUGAGACGCACUGUGCUGCCGAGUCCCAGCACAGCUCCUUCUCUGCCUCCGAGGUGGCUAAGUCCAUAGUGGACAUAGGGCAAGGUCACAACCCAGCCCAGAAACUUGUCUUGCUCACUUCACCUCGAGUGGCUUGUGCAAGCUGGGGUCCUGGAGAAGGUUCAGGUUGGGAGGACAAAUUGGUAAUGGAGUUGUGUGCCUGCCAAGUCUGUCACCAAACCUCCCAACACGCAGCCUCUUUCAGACAGCUCCUGACCCAAAGCCCACUCUUUAGACUUGUCUUGAGAGCAGCAGUGCUGGUUCAGGCUGUGCCAAAGCUUGCCUCUGUUUCAUUGUGCUCUCUCCCCUUCUGCACCUGAGCUCCGGGACUCUACUACACACAGUCCUGACCAAACCAGGCUCUGUGCAUCUCCUUCACUGAGACCGUUUAACUUCUCGAGCAGCCUUGCCUGGCCUUUGCCUUGGCUGGAGAUGUUUAGCUCCAGCUUCUGUGAGGCUGAACCCACCUGUGAGAUAUGCUCGUGGCUUCAGUGACGUUAAAUGCUCUGGCAGGAUGCCUGGGACCAGGCGUACCUCCUGACCACUGCUCCAAUGUCCCUCAUCUUUACAUAAGCAAAGGGCGUUUCCAGAUAAAUGCUCAUUACCAUUUGCCCUGUCAUUUAGAUCAGGCUCAUCUGGUUUUAUUUUGAAAACCAACCACUAGAAACACUGGAGAUUCACAGCUAAGCUGAUAGCUCCAAUCUUUCCUCUGCUCUUCAGCCUCCCCCCCCACCCUUUUAGGUCAUAGACCCUGUCUCCCUGGCUACUCAACACCAUCUUCUUUCCUUGCAUAGGUCACUGCUGUCCUCUAUCCACUGCCCUGCAAGCUACCCACCUGUUCACAGACACCCUUCCCUGGUCCCACGCCUCCUUAUAGGCCAGCAAUGAUAUUUCCUUUCACGGCAUGUUCCAGCCCCGACAGCCUCCCUCACUGCCCAUCUUACCUGGGAUCGGGAUUCAGCAGUCCACCUAAUGCAACCUCCCUCUGGCUGGCAGCCCUGCAGCCAGUACCAAUCUCACUCAGACAGCCCUUGCUGCACGCACAGCCUGUCCUGCCCCACGCUCGUGACGCCCAAAGCACUCUGUGUGAGUCGAGAGGGCAAGUGCCCUCUUCUCUGUUUCCCACCUGCCCCAUUUCAUGUAGGGACCUUCAGUCUCCAACCUUCUCUGGUGCUCAGAUCAUGAGCUUUUGGGGUAGGGCACACCUUCUGUUUGGUGCUGGGGCAGGGCUGAGCACCAUGAGAGCCUGAACCAUGCCUCAGGGGCCUUGGCACAACCGCAGUGCGGCUAAUAAAAAAUUGUCACUGCAUCUAAAUCGAACAAUGUGACAGGUUCUUCUUUUCAAACCUUCCACUGCCAGCUCUGUCUUGCACCUUAUCCCAGUCGAUAGGUAGGAGACCAGCCAUGUAUGUGUGCGCCAAGACCCAGAUAUAACCUAGCCUUCCACUCACAAUCUGUAUUUUCACUGGCACGCUCUCUCCUUGUGUUAAAGCUAACAGAGAUUGAGUUCACCUUGAUAAAGUUGUUCCCUACUUUCAAAAAUUUAUUUAAUAUAAUAUUUUCAUGACUUCCCUCUGACCUCCUCCCCCUUGCCAAAAGGCAGGGAAUAGCUUAACCUGAUGGUGCUAACUUGAUGACAUUUUAAUCAGGAAAUGUCCCCAGUUGCAAAAAAAAAUUAAUGAGUGAUCAUGGUAUCUAGUAUCUUACAUUUGUUCCCCAUGUAUCGUGAUUGUAUUUUGUAGUCUGUUUUCCAUGUAAAUAGUGGCACUCACAAUUUCAAGAUCAAACUGUUUUCAUUUUAUAUGCGAGAAGGACAGUUGGAUAUUUGAGACUCAGUUCUGUUUAGCCAGAUGAGGUAAAUCAUGUCUUCACAAAAGAAGCAGUAUAGAUAGUACUGGAGCCUUUUCAGUCAAAAACAAAUACAUUAUUUGUCAAGAAAUUGCUGAUUCUUAUUCUUCUCAUUGCCAUGGUCACUCAGCAGUAUCUAGUUUGUCAUAAAUUUAUUGCUACUAAAAUCAUUUCAUUCCAAGUUCCUUGAGGAUAAAUCAUUCUACUGCAAACUG